AAUUAGGUAAGUGGACAUUGUUUUUAUUAAUUGGCGAACAAGUGAAACGAGUUAGGAGAAAGUCGAUAUUAACCUCCGCAAUGUCUAACGCAUCCGAUAAUGUGUUACCUGCAACCGGUUACUUCAAAGACAAGGGUUUCUUUAAAAAAAAAAUUAUAUUACUCAUUUCAUCUACACGUGAUCACACAAACAAUUGUUAUGAUAGUAUAAAAGUGUGAUGUAUUUGUCGAGUAUUUGUCCUCUCCUCGACAAACAGGUAUGCUUCCCAUAAGUGUAGAGGAUAAUGGCUGGAGUUUUGAGGUUGCAAACCGGCAAUAAAUACAGGGCAACAUAAGAAGGCGAAGAUUUGGAAGAAAAGACAACGUUGAACCGGCAGGUUGUUGUACAAAAAUUUCAUCAGUUGAUGAAUAAAUAUUUUCAGGCUUGGUAUAACAAAUAUGGUGUAUAUACGGAUUAAAAGUAGUGGCUGGGAGUGCGACGAUGCGAAGAAGAUAUUUUCGUAGACGUGAAGCGGGAAUGUAUAGAACUCUUGAUUCAAGAGCUUCAAGAAUUGUGUUUAGCGCACGCGACGACUGGUAUGUCAGAACCCUAACACCGACGGGUUCCUCUCCCUCGGCGAACAUCAUUUCCGGUAAGGGUACGGUGGUUUCCUCCAGGUCUUCUUCGGAAAAAUCACGACUCCGUGAAGACGCCAUGUCGAUUACCAUAACUGUGUGGUUGAUAGAGAAGUGAAAAUGAAAUGCCUGAUGAGAGAUGAUAGAAAAUGAAAGGCGUACAAUACGAAGGAAACGAUAAAUAUAUUAUAAAAAGGGAUAGACAUAAAUAUAGGUUUUUUGCACGCUUUGAAAGUACAGUUUUAUUGUACCAAAGAUAUUUUCAUCUACAGUACAAAGCGUGUUCUACCGCCUUCUCCCGGUUGUCUGCACAAAGCGCCAUACUAGUUUUGUGGCCCUACAUCCUCCGUUCUCUCUCAUAGUAAGGAUACUGUCGGUAUUACCGAAAACUCAACAAUACGAUGCCCACUUACCUAAUUUACAUCUCUUCCAUGUAUAUCUAGUGCAAAAAUCCAUAAAGAUAUAUACAUUAUCGUACGACAUACUGACAAAAAAUAUUAAAAAUUAAUACUAUUAAAACAGAAGAACUAUGUAUGACACACUGAAAUAGUGAUUAGAAAAUCGACACACGACGCAUAAGCUUGGGGUGAUGUAAACUGCACAAAAGCGACAUACGACGCAGAAAUAAAUAUCUAAACAUUUGAAAGAAAAGUGUAGGAACGUAAAGAUACACGCGUGUCUCUCAUGCAGUACCAAAAACUCAUGCAAGACAAAAAAAAAACUAGAGGUUCUAGAAUAUUCUUGUUGGUUUCAUCGUUUUGUAUGUAAUUUAUAGCAAACAAGACCAAGUCGUCAACAAACAACAUCGUUCACUAUGGAUCGUCCAUUUUUCCAGCUUUCAAAUCAACCAAUCAUUCUCUCUUGCGCUAUAUAUGUCCUUGAACCAGAACACUUCUUCAACCUAAAAAGUAGUAUUUUGAAUUAAUCUGCAGCUUCAAAUCUAUCUCUCGAAUAUGUGUUUCUUUGAUAUUCAGCGCCAUCGAAAUUUGACGGUGGUGAAGAUGGAUGUGGCAUGGUGGAUGGAAGCGGCUCCUCCGCAGAUAAUUUUUCCGGAGAAGCCAUCAACUUGUCCGGUUCUUGAGACCAUUUUAGAAGAACGAGAGACCGAAAAAGACGAUCAUGAACAUGUUAAAGACGACGUUUAAUGACCAUUUGAUCGACCAUUCGUCUUGAUCAUAGAUAGACCUUUUGUUGUAUUCUUCUAUAAAUGUAUAAGACGAGAUUUUGUAUAUUUACAAAUUAUAUCAUAAAAUCUUAUGAUAAUUAAUAGUUAUUUUUUGGGGGUAAAAUAUCUCAUGAUA